AUGCCCGCUGUCUCGGCAGUGGUGGAAAGCAUGACUAGCAUCGACAAGGCGGAACCUGAAAAGGCUAAUGGAGACGAUCAAGAGGUGGCGUGCUCGAUUCCUCAGCCGCCCAGUGAUGAAAUCAGCACCAUAAGAGAGUUGGCAUUCAUGUUUCUCAUGUGUAUGUCCCAGCUUUUAACCCAAGCCGGAGUUGCUCAAACGAUGGUGGCUGCUACCAAGAUUGGGGAACUGUUUCAUGUGGCGGAUAAACCCGGCGAAGUGCUGUGGUUUGCUGCUGCCUACUCGUUGACGGUGGGGACGUUUAUUCUCAUAUCCGGCCGCCUUGGUGACAUGUACGGUUACAAGUUGAUGUACGUGGUUGGCCAUGCUUGGUUCGGUGUGUUUUCCCUUGUUAGUGGCUUUUCUGGCUUCACUACCAGUGCCGUGUUCUUUGAUGUUUGUCGAGCUCUUCAGGGUAUGGGUCCUGCCAUUACCAUGCCCAAUACCCAAGCUAUCAUUGCUUCAUACUACCCUGUGGGUUUAAGACGCAACGUUUGUCUUGGUAUCUUUGGUGCUGUCGCUCCUGGUGGGUUCUGCUUUGGUGCCAUUUUCACCGCGAUCUUUGCCCAAUUCUCUUGGUGGCCAUGGACUUUCUGGACCUGUGGGAUUGUCUCUAUCGUGCUUGCUGCCAGUUCCAUCUUGAUUGUGCCUAAGCACAUCGGCAACAAGCAAGCAAAGCUGUUUGACUGGUUGGGGCUGGUGGUCGGGGUCCUGGGGUUGAUUCUUCUCAAUUUUGCCUGGAACCAGGGUCCCAAUGUUGGUUGGGAGAAGGUGUACGUGUACGUUUUACUCAUUGUCGGUAUCGUGAUGCUUGUGGCAUUCGUUUACGUUGAACUCCACAUCGCCACUGAUCCGUUAAUUCCUCGAGUGGCAUUCAGAGGUGAGACCGGGUUUGUGCUCGCUUGUAUCGGGUGUGGGUGGUCAUGUUUCGGUGUGUGGCUUUACUACCAGUACCGUGUGGGUGACCUUAUUGAGCACGAACUGCUUAUCAUCCAAGCGGUCGAGUUUAUUCCCUGUGGCAUUGUCGGGGUCAUUGCCGCUAUCGGUACUACUUUCGCUCUUCGCAAGUUCCCGCUGUCGUUCAUCAUGUUAAUGUCCAUGAUAGCCUUCUUCUCUGGCAUUGUCGUCGGUGGCUUACGUCACUGGGGUCAGACGUAUUGGGGGCAACACUUUGUGCUGAACAUUCUCCAGCCGUUUGGUAUGGACAUGUCGUUCCCCGCUGGGGUCAUUAUUCUUAGUGCAGCGUUCCCUCCUGCUCAACAAGGGGUAGCAGGCUCGCUCGUGUCCACCGUGGUCAACUACUCCAUCUCUAUCGGAUUGGGUAUUGCCGGUACGGUGGAGUACUACAAGACAAAGAAUAUGCCUGAAGGUCUCGAUAGAACCAAACAUGGUAUCCGCAAUGCCUACUACAUGGGUAUGGGGCUUGCUGGUCUUGGGGUAGUCGUGGGUGCUAUCUUCUUUGUCAAGCAGAUGAUCCACCGGAGACGAGAGCUGAAGCCGACCGAGGCUACUCCUGACGCAGAACACCCGUAA